CUCAAACAUAGCACUCAUUUUUGUAUGACUGUACGAGCGUACAUAAUUAUUUCCUGAUUCAUUUUUUCCUUUUAAAUGCAGUCUCGGAGUUACUUUGAGCUACUCUGUUGAAGCAACUGCCACUCAAGUCAUACAAGACAUUUUAAAUAUAAUGUUUAUUUUACUGGCCACAAAGUGAUCACAGCCUUUGUUGGUCUGUGUGCAGAUCUUUUGUAGAAGCAGCACUUGCAUUGUGACAGAUUGCAAUAACUGCUUAGAGUCGAUGUCCAUUCCUUCAUAUAUCUAAACUGGCAGCGAUGAAUAUAACACAUUUUCAUUGAAGUGCUACCCCAGAUGAAGCUGUUGGAAAUUUGUGAUGCACAGUGAAGAACAGUCAUAGUGUGUGUGCAUGUGAAGUGAGAAGACCGGGGGAGGAGGGGCCUUUAAGGUGAAGUUGAACUCAGCAUUCAGUUCUAUCAGCACACACUUGGCAAGUGAAAGGAGAAGCAUCUUCUGUGUGUUGCUGUGGGGACAGAAAGCUUUGGUUUUGGCUUAAACGAUUAUAAGAAAGACAAGUUUUAAGAGGAUAUAUCAAGGUCGCUGUGAACAUCAGGACAGAUAAGUGAGGAGAAUUUCUUCUAGUUGGAGUUAUAAUGUCAUCCCAUGUCAAACUGUGGAGGGACAGAGUGGGGACAGCAGACUAUGACACACAGAUCAAAGAGGUGCGAUUGCAGCUAGCCGAGCAACUGAGGAUACUUGACAGUCAGGUGGAGCAGAAGAGUCAGAUGUUUCUAGACCUGACAGAUUAUCUGCGCAGACGAGGAGAGAUCGAGGGGGAGUAUGCACGCUCACUUGACAAACUGUCUGAGAGAUUCUCCUCCAGAACAAGAAAGAAGGAGCCGAGCCAUCCGUCUGUGGUUAACUGCUGGCAGGUGUUACUGACACAAACACGUCAGGAAAGCAAAGAGCACAGCAUGCUGAGUGACAACUACGGCAACACUCUUCCUCAGCAGCUUUCACACUGCAUUGAGCAUGCCCAACGCCUGGCCAAACGAAGCAAAGAGAUUUGCACUCAGCUUCAUGAUGGACUUUUGAAGGUUACCGCUGAACUUCAGACGGCCUUGAAGACGUAUUACCAGUACUACACCGAAUUCCUGUCAGCAGAAGGCAAACUGAAGGAAGCCACCAGGCUGGAGGAGAAACAGAAACAAAGUGCUUCUAAAAAGAUGGGAAGACUAAUAGAGAAGAGGCAAUGUAAAGUCGAAGAAAUUCAGCUGAAGUGCACAAAAGCACGCAACGACUACCUCCUGAACCUGUCUGCAGCUAACGCGUGCAUGAACAAAUACUACCUUCAUGAUCUCCCCACACUUAUAGAUUGCUGUGAUCUGGGUUACCAUCAGUCCAUAUCAAAGGUGUUACAGUUCUACCUUAACAGUCGACAAGGGUUGCAGCAGAACGUGAGCUUGGGUUUGCUGCAGCUGAACACAACUGUCUCAGAACUUGACCAGAACCAGGACAGAAACACACUCAUGCAGGCCAACACCUCCGCCUUUUGCCUGGCCCUCCGCUUUCAGUAUCAGCCUUAUGAUGGAGACCAGGUUUGUGAGGUGUCCGCCACAAGGGAGGUGAUGAGUGAGUUGGUUACUCGCUUUCAGCAGCUACAGACCAGACUAUCUUCUGUGACUACGGAGGUUGAAGAGUCCGGCAAACUACUCCAGUCAGCUCAAUCGUCCAUGCUCUGUGGAAUUGUUGAGGAGACCUUCGGACCCUCCCCUGACCCCCCCAACAGCCCAUCACAUGAGGGGAGCAGUGACAUCUCGGCUUAUAAAAUCAAUCAAAAUAAAUGUAGAGUCAGCCUUCCGGACACCGAGAGCUUAUACUUUGUGAAAGUCAAGGAGCACCUAUGUAACAGCACUUUAAUAUCUAAGUUGGAGGCCAAACAUGACUUGCUUAAAGUUGCCAUUCAGAGAGCUGAAAGUCUUGAUGUAAAUCAGUCCAGAACCUGUUCCAGAAGAUCUGUGCGACAUAGAAGGAGUCAACUCUGUGCCGAGAUCGGACAAAAGCUCUUCAAUGGGGAUCUGCUAUCAUACAUCCAGGCAUCAGGACAGCCUAUUCCUGCGGUAGUGGAGAGUUGCAUUCGAUUUAUUAACAUCAAUGGUUUGCAUCAUGAGGGGUUAUUUAGAGUUCCCGGCUCUCAGAUGGUGGUGAAUCAGCUGAAGGAGGCAUUUGAGAAAGGAGAAGAUUCCCUCGCUGACGAGAGGUGUGAUAUAGACUCUGUGGCCGGCGUGCUGAAACUUUAUUUUAGAGGACUAGAGAAACCCCUCUUUCCUGAGGACAGUUACGAGCAGCUGAUGGAAUGUGGCCAAAUAGAUGACGAAACAAAGAAAGCUUCACAGCUGAAGUGCAUCAUCUCCACAUAUCCGUCUCCGCUCAUCAUAGUCAUGAGAUAUCUCUUUUCGUUUCUUCACCAUGUUACCCAGUACAGCGAUGAGAACAUGAUGCAGCCCUAUAACCUGGCGGUUUGCUUUGGCCCCAGUCUCGUAAGGGGGCCGGACAGCGGAGACGCAGCUGAACUUCAGCGUAUCAACGCCCUGGUCAAAAGCAUCAUCGCCCAGCCUGAGAGCAUCUUCCCCAGCCAAAAUGAAUUAGCAGGGCCAGUGUAUGAAAAGUGCAUGACAAUGGAAGAAGACGACUGUGAGACGGUAGCAGAGGAAGGAGAUGGAGAACCAGACACAUCUCAAAUUAAAGAGACAAAAGAUGAGCUGCUGGGAGUGGCCUUGUUUGAAUACAAAGGCCGUUCCAUGUCCGAGCUGUCUUUUAAACAAGGGGAACGAGUCAUUCUGCACACCAAAGCCUCUCCUGAUUGGUGGAGAGGUGAAGUGAAUGGGACAAAGGGUCUAAUUCCAAAUAAAUAUAUUAGUGUGCCAAGCGUGGAUGGAGCACAAGAUCAAAAACAGAAAGAUUCGGUGAAAUCAAGCUGUGAUAGACAGCAGAAGGAAGAACAGCAGAGAGUAGAGCAAAGCACACGGCUCAAGGUUUCUAAUAUCAAAUCUGGUUUUGGUGCCCCUGCCAGCAAUAUCACUUCUGCAAAGGUUUUGUUACAAAUUCCGCCAGGACAAUACAGGCAAGGAAGUUCUCCAGGAGCUCUACGAAAAACUGUAAACCCUGAAUUGAGGCGUUCCACAGUUGAGGGUGGUGCUGGAGAGGCGAACUCAAUAGAAGUCGAUAAGGAUGUGUCCCAGAUGAUGCACACAGUAUUCAAAGAGCUCAUUUCCCGACAAUCUUCUUAGGACUGGAACCAAUGUGCAUCACCUCUUCCCUAUCACUAGUGGUCUGGGAUAAAGAGGGUUAUUUGCUGACACAAUGAACUGAAAAGAAAAAAGAACAAAUAGAAAGCAUCUACAAGAAGCAUGGGCUUCCUGAGAAUCGUAUUCUUUUUUUGUGGAAUUUGAUCUGCUUGUUUGUUUGUUAUGUAAAUAUUUUACAUUUUUAGCCAUAUAAAAAGUAGAUUGUAAUGUUGUCUAUUAAACACAUGAGGGCAGUCUCCUCACAAGUGA